AUGACAGUGAAGUUCACACUUAUAUCUACUUAUUCCUCUGCACAGCCUGAUAGUCAAUGCAGGCGUUAUGACAAGAAACAGAAAACAGAAUCUAUGAUUCCCUCAAUUGACUAUAGUUGGUUCAUGGUGAGCGUUGAUUUGAUGGAUGUUCUAUUGUCACUGUAUAAAAUUCAUGUAAGAUCAAAGAAUUAUAAAGUUUCCUACCAUUUUCUUGAUGUAACUGUACUGAACAGUUGGACUUUUUAUAGAAGAGAUUAUAGAGAACAUAGUAUUCCCUCCAGCAACAUGCUCAUUCUCCAAGAGUUCAAACUCUUACUAGAUGAAACACUCCUUGAAGGUAAAUCCACAGUCUCAGAAAAGAGCGGUCGUCUUUCCCUUGAAAUUAUUGUAUCUCAAUUCACCGAAAGAAAAACUCAUGCUGCAAAACAGAUCCCCAGAGAGAAUAUUAGGGAUGGGCAAUACCACUACCUCGUGGUUGUGAAGAGAGGCAGAGGGGAAAAAAAACAUAACAAAACAGGGUGUGGUGUUUGUCCUGUAACAUUUUGCUGCACGUGUAAUGUUCAUUUGUGUCUAAACAACAAGAACUGUUUUCUAGGUUUCCACAUGGCGUAA